UUGAAAUUUUCAUUUCAAUUAGCAUGGGAAUAGCUGAUGCAGAUCACACUGGUGAAGCCUGUGUGCUACUGUGCCGCAUCGUCCAGGGCCUGCCAGAGGCCAUUCACGCCGGAUCAGACCAGUCCAUCAACACAAGACCUGAAGUGAAAUCUUCUGGUGCUGUUGACUGCCUGCCCAAUCCAAGCUGGUACGUUGUAUGGACCGAACACAUGAACGUGUGUGUUGUCCCAUUAUGUUUGGUGAGAUUCAUGAAACGCCCAGCGCUUGUCUUAGGACCAAUGAUAACCUGUAGCCCGGUGUUCCUCAACAUCAAUAAGUUGCGCAGGGAGAUCAAGAGAAUCCUGCCGUCUUCCCAGUUACAGGAUUUGGACAGAUACUUCGACAGUGACACGGGAAAUCAAUACAAUUUCUCCAAGUGCGUGAGUGACCUUAUUGGUCUCGAUAUGUUCUGUGGUGCUGUCCUCAAGACCUUGGAGCUCUGAUUCCCCAAGGAGCGCUGAUGGAUGAUUUGGGGAGUUCCUAUCUGAUUACUCUGUUAACCAUCACAAUUGGGCUCAGAUCUUACUCGGGCAAACGUUGAUGCUUUAGGAGAUUCAUAGUCUGUACAGUCCUUUAUAAAGUGGAAGGUGCUGUUGCACAAAAAAACAGUAGCUACCUACAUCAUACUGCUAUUUGUAUAAAAUGUUCGACAGUUUAAA